CAUUUGCACAGAGGCCUUUGCUAUUCCCGAUGACGUCCCAGGUCCGUGUGCAUUCAGAGGCAAUGAACCCCCGGCAAACAGCAGGACAGGGCACCUCUCCCUCUCGAGCCCGCCUUGGAACUUCGCCACCUUCCCCACCAGCGACGUCACUACCCCGCGCAUCUCGCGAGCUACGGACACACCCCCCGGCCAAGGGCCUCCCAAAACCCGGGAUCCCAAACCCCGAUUGGCGGGUCCGCCCCAGCCUGCCCCCGUUCGGGACGGAGCCCCCGGGGCUUGCCAUGGGCGAGGAGGCGGCUCAGUCCCGGCGGCCCGGGGUCGGCGUGGGGGUGGUGGUCACCAGCGCCGCGCACCCCGGCUGCGUCCUGCUGGGCAAGCGGAAAGGCGCGCUGGGCACCGGCACCUACCAGCUCCCCGGAGGGCAUCUGGAGUUCGGGGAGAGCCUGGCGGAGUGCGCGGCGCGGGAGACGCUGGAGGAGGCGGCGCUGCGGCUGCACCGCGUGCGGUUCGCGUCGGCCGUGAACGCGGUGUGCGCGCCCCAGCGCUACCACUAUGUCACCGUGCUCAUGAAGGGCGAGGCCGAGCCGGGCGCCGAGCCGCGCAACCAGGAGCCCGACAAGAACGAGCGCUGGGAAUGGGUCAAAUGGGAUGAAUUUCCUCCAGCAGAUCAACUGUUCUGGCCCUUACGCUGUUUAAGAGAGCAAGGUUACAAUCCCUUUACAGAAGAGCUAGAUCAUCUAAAGGGGUACACGGGAAGUCACCAAUUAGAGUAAAAACAAAUUGUAUGUUAUGUAACAAACUAAAGGUCGGACCCGCUUUUUUUGGUGUAGAAGAAAAAAAGAUACUAAGUGCUCACCCUGCCCAUGUGAAAAUACUAUGUUUCCCAAAGAUUAUACCAACUGUUUCUGUGCUUUUCCCAUAUUUCACACGACAGUUGUCUCUCAAUCCAGACCCAUUUCUAGGUUUAGUAGUUAAUAAUUAAUGUUUGCUUUUACAGAAAACUCAGUGUUUUAUCUAGUUAAUCUUUAUAUUGAUUAGCAGCCAUUUGGAAAUCAGCACUAGCCAGGGAAGCUUACUCACUUAAAAGCAGUUGCAGCAAAACCUGCUUCCCUGUAAUUAUUGGACCAAUUUUAAAACUUAGCCUUGUCUCUUAGCUUCAGUUAUGAAGCUACGGUCAUGAACAAAAGUUACAUUUAAUAGACAAUGCCAUUUUUCCCUGCAGACAGCAGUAUACACUUUAAAAUCAAAGGAAUAUUAUAAAUGUGAAAAUAUUGUCAUGACCUAUUGCAAGGAAUAAAAAUUCCCUGACCCUUCUUACCAGUUGCUUUCAUAACGGAGUUCUGUUUAGAGCCUCAGUUACAUUGAAUUUAUCUGCAGCAAUGUCUCAUAUCUCUGCAAUUGAUCUGAAUUUGUUACUGAAGUCUUGGAAUGGAGAGUUGCCUACUUUACUACCUGACACAAAUCUCACUUAUAGUAGUUCCAUGGCAAAAAUCAUACUUUGUGGCUAAAAAGAGUUGUCAGUAUUAAACAGCACAGAUGAGUGUAAUUCUGUAAGGCUGGCUACUGAGAUUUGGUAAAAUAGUGAAUUUUCAGUUUGACUGAUUAAAUGAGUUGUUAGUGAAUGAAAUUACAGUACAUAUAAAACCAAGGAGUUUAUGUUUUUAUUUUUUUAGAAUCUGUAACUAAGUUUGAUUAGUUGGCACUGUCCAGCUGUGGUCACUAAGAUAUCAGCAAUUAACUGUUGGAUAUAACUUUUAAAUAAAUUGCGAAUUGGCUCAUUUUUUUCUUGCCAGGGUUCUUUUAUAGCACAUCUCCUGUCUAUAUCCUUUAGAUAUACUCAUUGUACAACAAUGUUCUAAGAUAUCUUUAGUUUCUUUGGAAUAAAAUACAGGCACAAUACUGAGAUUAAAAUUGCCUGAAAUUAUGAAUUGACUUCUCAGUUCUUAAAUCAGCUUGAAGCUGAUACCUUACUUGUUACAUAAUUUUUUUUUAAAUGGAGAUGGCUCUUCUUGCUGAGAAAGAGUGAUGAGGCAUAAGGAUGCUACUGCCCCUGGCAAUUCUGCUUAGAGUUUGAAGUAUUAAUUAUGGGCAACUUCCCUAGGACAGACACCCAUUCUCUGAAGUGAAGAAAGAAGUAACGUUACACAGCAGUUUUGAAAUGGGAAAUUUCACCAAAAAUUCCUUUGCUACUGUACCUUUGUAAAAAGCCUAUUUCUCUAUUCAAAAGUGGAGAUUUGCUUCCUGCAAGCAACCUUAUGUACACUGAAAAUUAUUCCAUUCAGCUGUCAACAAAGAAGCUGUAGGAAGAGUUGACAGAUGUCCUGCCCAUCUGUCACAAAGAAUAAUGAAUAAAAAAAUUAAAUUAUUUAGUACAAUUAUAAAUUUUAGAAAACAUCUAGGUCCUGAUGAGAGAACAGGGACCACUGUAAAAUGGUCCAUCAUUCAAUAAAUACUUUCUUGGCAUAUUUUGUUAAUGGUUAUAUACAUUCUAUUUCUUGUAAAUACACAAGUAGACACUGAAAUGAGGACACAACCAGUAUCUCCAUAUGUCAGCAUUUCUGUAUCUUUUCAAAAUGGAUUGAUUAAAAGACUACAGUGCAUUACUGCAA